GUUCAGGUGUAUAUCAGUAUGUAGUGUCUCUACUUUAAAGAGUCCUCUCCUGCUGAUGUUCAGGUGUAUAUCAGUAUGUAGUGUCUCUACUUUAAAGAGUCCUCUCCUGCUGAUGUUCAGGUGUAUAUCAGUAUGUAGAGUCUCUACUUUAAAGAGUCCUCUCCUGCUGAUGUUCAGGUGUAUGUCAGUAUGUAGAGUCUCUACUUUAAAGAGUCCUCUCCUGCUGAUGUUCAGGUGUAUAUCAGUAUGUAGAGUCUCUACUUUAAAGAGUCCUCUCCUGCUGAUGUUCAGGUGUAUAUCAGUAUGUAGAGUCUCUACUUUAAAGAGUCCUCUCCUGCUGAUGUUCAGGUGUAUAUCAGUAUGUAGUGUCUCUACUUUAAAGAGUCCUCUCCUGCUGAUGUUCAGGUGUAUAUCAGUAUGUAGUGUCUCUACUUUAAAGAGUCCUCUCCUGCUGAUGUUCAGGUGUAUAUCAGUAUGUAGUGUCUCUACUUUAAAGAGUCCUCUCCUGCUGAUGUUCAGGUGUAUAUCAGUAUGUAGAGUCUCUACUUUAAAGAGUCCUCUCCUGCUGAUGUUCAGGUGUAUAUCAGUAUGUAGAGUCUCUACUUUAAAGAGUCCUCUCCUGCUGAUGUUCAGGUGUAUAUCAGUAUGUAGAGUCUCUACUUUAAAGAGUCCUCUAUACAUUAAUGCUCUGCUCCCUCUGCAGGUGCGUUACCGGGGGCAACAUCUGACUGAGGAUGUGUUUGUGAGAGUGGGCGGGGCUACCUGGCCCUGAGGUAGGGAGGAGGCGGAGUCUCAGCCCCCCCCUCCCCCCCCAUCCGACUCACCUUACGGACACACAAGGGACGUGGCUCCCCCCACCCCUCCUCCCCCCGUCUCUCCCCCGCCUUCUCUCCCCCUCCCACCCUGGCCCCCCACCCCGCCACCAUGUUGUGGUCUCUCUGCUGGGGGAGAGCCUGAGGACGCAGGACUCUGGAAGGAAACCCUGCUCCGCCGGGGGACUCACACCUGUCCCUGCUGGACCCCAACACCCUCGCAGAGUGCAGGACCCCAGAUGGCUUGAUGCCUGAGAGCAGUUACUGGCAGCUCUGCCCUCCCUCUAAGUCUGGCCUGCAGGGGGGGUUACUGAGCUCUAGUUUCCCCCCCGGCCCCGAUGCUCACCUGCAGGAGGGGGGCGACCCCCUGGAUCCCCCCCCUCUGGCUCCUCCCCCACCUGGGCCCCCGCCCCCGCCCCCCCCGCCCCCAAAAAGGCACUGCCGCUCGCUGUCGGUGCCGGAGGACCUGUCGCGCUGCCGCUACACGUGGAGGCCAAGCGCCUCGCGGGUUUGGACCCCUGUCAGCCGGACGGCCUGCCUCGCAGGGGCGGUGGGCGGGGCCUCUGGGGGAGGGGGAGGAGCCUGUCGGGCCCCCAGCUCUUCCCUGAACUCCUCCCUGCACUCCUCGUCUUCGCCAACCUUCUUCAGCCUGGCGCUGUCCCCUGACUCUCCCCUGCCCUGGAGCUUCCCCUGGGACCCCAGCGAGGCGGCGGCAGGGGGGGGCACCUGCUGCUGCUUCUUCCCGUCCUCCUGCAGCUCCUCACCCUCCCCCCUGCACCCGCCACCCCCCCCCCAGAGGCGUUUCUCCCUCUCACCGGUGCUGAUCAGAGACUCGGGGGCGUCCACCUUCUUGCCGCCCCACCCACCCCAGGUGAGACCCCGCCCCCCGAGCUGCACCGCGGGGGCCGGGGCGGUGGGAGGGGGAGGAGGUCCGGUUCCUGCCUCCCCCUCGUCGGCCUGCAGCACCCCGUCCUCCCUGCGCCGCAGUCUCCCCCCCCAGCUGCCCCGCUGCCACUCGCAACCCUGCGACCUCCUGCUGCUCAAACCGGGUUUGAAAAGGCGCCGGGACCCCGACCGCCCCCCUGCCCGACCCCUGCUGGACUUCACCAAGAUGACCCAGACGCGAAGCAUGGACCCUCAGGCUCUGGAGCGAUGCGGCGGGCGGCUGGUCUGCGGCGGUGACCUCUCCCUGGGCAUGGAGUCCUUCCUGGGAGACUUCCGACGCUCCUGCUCCCCGGCCGAGUGUUUGGGCCGGACCAGCAUCGGGCCGCUGAGCGAGAGCGACGAGGAGUGCCGCGAAGACGAGGAGGACGAGGAGGAUGACGGCGAAGAAGAUGAGGCGGCGGCGGCGGCGCAGCAGGCCGUCUUCGAGAGGGACUGUACAGAACUGGACCUGAACUUGAUAGAGGAGAACUGAGGCGUUUGUAAAUGAAGGCUGUCUCUGUUUUUUUUAUUUGGUUUUUAAGAAACCCCCCCCCCCCCCCCCUUCAUUGUCUCCUUGCCACCAAUCAGCAAGGCUCUCAGGAACAACGCCUCCUCUCAUUGGAUGAGCCGGGGGAACAGGACGACAGUGAUGAUGUGAGGCUGCCGCACAGAGAGGCUCGGCGGGAAAAAAAGGGUUUACAGUCAGAGUAAAUCUGGGGGCCCGAGGACCUGCAGACCCCUGCAGCGCUAGCAUUAGCCUGCAGUGUUAGCGUGCAACGUUAGCAUGCAGGGUGCGUCUAGCAUGGAUGAGAGCAGCCCUACGUCACUUCCAGUUUGAUAACUGUUUGAUGAAAAGCUCAGAUGACAGCGAGUGUGUUCACCCCAAAAGGGGUGGGGCCUAACAUAGAGGGAGACGAUGGGCUGCUCUCAUCUGUACUGCAGGAUGUGUGCAGCGUUAGCGUUAGCAUGCAGGUAGCUUAGCCCGGGCAUCCCGGUGUCUUCCAACAUGCUGCUGCUGAGUCAGUAACACACUUCUGUCUGAGGAGGCGCCAACCCCCCCCCCCACAGCACCCGCCAUCACACACACACCACAUACACACACACACACCCACCACAUACACACACACAAACACACAAACACACACACACACACACACACACACACACACACACACUGGGCGUGGUGUUGCGUUCAGGGUCGCUGUGUGGCGCCGGCCCUCAGACUGCAGGCAACCACUGAUGCUGUCGUUCACCUGAGUGUUCACACAUUCCUGUUCAUCCACUCACUGUGUGUGUGUGUGUGCGUGUGUGUGUGUGUGUGUGUGUGUGUGUGGGUUGGUCAUGUGACUUGUGUCCAGAUUAAAUCCAGAUAUUUAUUUUUAUAUUUAUUCAUUUCUUGUAAGAUUUCAGGAUGUCUUUGAUGAUUAUUCAUUGAUUUACAGACAAAAGGCACAUUGUUUCAGAUCGCUGCAUCAUAUUUAUUUUCACUGCUAAACUUGAAUUGAUGACUUAAAUCACUGCAUUUUAAUAUCUUAUUUAUAUCAUUUUAAAUAUAUUUGAGUAGGCCAAACAUUCAAUGCUUAUUUUUGGCCUUUUCUUUUCUUUAACAUUUCUAAUUGACAGAAACCCUCAGAUCUGUUAUAGUUGUUAUUCUCUGGGUUUGAUCUGGACUUGGACUGACUGCAGCUGUGAUUUCUGAUUAUUUUUCCCCUAAAAAGAACAAAAUGCACGUCUAAGGUGUCUGAGCGUCUGCUGCACUGAACUUAUUUACAUGUUUUUCUACUGAGAAUCACAUUCCUGCUGACACUCCCCCGACCUGCAGAGAGAUGGUCCGUCGCAGCCUGUCUAUUUACCUUUUCUACAGGUGUGUUCAUGGGGAAUCUAAUACAUCCAAUAAUCUGCACAACAUGUGUUUAAAGUGGAUGCAGGCUUCAGGUGUUGUUUGAGCAGCAUUUGUGAAAUAAUUAAGCCUCUUUUAUCUGUCGUUCAUCAUCACGUUAGCUUAAUAUUUCUGGUUGGACUUAAAGUUCAUUAUAGGAGAUGUAACGGCAAUUUCUUUACCUACACUAAACAUGACGUGAUGCUUUCAAGAACACUCAGGAUGGUCUGCUGCUGGAAAUAAAAGGUUAAUUGACUGAAACCCCAGCAGACAAUCAACAGGUAAACAUAAUUAAAACAACAAAUGGAUCAUG